UGAACCAUCUUUAGAUUUGCAAAGGGAACUGGCAGCUUCCAUUAGUCUCUGCAGUUAAACUAACGCUAGGAGCACAUUGCUUGGCUUUCACAGAAAUAUGAGACAACAUGCAAAAGUGUUGUGGUAUGACCGAGCAAGGUAUGUCUUCUUGGAAUUCUGCGUAGAAAACAGUCGAGAUGUCAAGGUGGAAAUUGAAAGCAAUAAAGUUAUUUUCAGCUGUUUAAAUGAAGAUAAUGUUCAAAUGUACAAUGAAAUUGAGUUAUUCGACAAAAUACAACCAAAGGAUUCUAGGGAGAAACAAUCGGAUCGAUCAAUUACUUGCUUCCUGAGGAAGUGGAAGGAAAAAGUGGCUUGGCCAAGGCUGACCAAGGACAACAACAAGCCUGCCUGGUUGCAUGUUGAUUUUGAUAACUGGAGAGACUGGGAUGCAGAAGAGGAAGGAGAGAUGGCACUAGCAGAGCACUAUUUGGACCUGAUCAACAGCGUCAAAGACAAUGGUGCACCUCCAAGUAUGGAUGAUCUGGAUGAUUUAGAUAUUCUUCAUUUAAGCAAGAUCACAGAGAAGACAAUAUUUGGCUGACUGGGUUUAUGUUUUUAUUUUUGACACCUUUUUGUUUGUAAUAAUUUUUUUUUUUUUUUUUUUAUAUCUAGUACACUUAUUUCAUAAAUAUAUGUUUUAUGCUUUGUCAAUAAAUACAUAACAAAAGUGGUCAAUAAUGGUGUGGACAGUUUAGUCGAAAAGAAGGAAUAAGUUACAAAACAAGUCUAAAGUAAACGUAGAUGGGUUAUUCACAUAAGUGAGAAUAUUAGAAGCUUUAGCAUAUGCUGACUUUUUAACCCUGAUAAAAGAAAUUUACUUUUAGUAUUUACAUUCUUUUUCUACAUGUGUCCUUGUCCAUACUGUGCAAAAGUUUUAAGCAGCUGUGAAGAAAUGCUGUUAGAAUGCUUUUAAAAAUAUGUUUUAUUAAUUAUUGUUUAUCAAUUUAGAAAAUGCGGUGAAGGUGAAGAAAAAUCUAAAUCAAAUCAAAAUUUGGUGCGACUACCCUUUGGCUUCAAAUCAGCAUUACUUUUCACGCUUGCAUACUUUGUACACUUGCACAAAGUCAGGGAUUUUGUAGGAUUAGGGUCAGGUGUAUGAUUAAGAGAAUCCAGGAUUAGUACCUGCUUGUUAUAAUUAUACAAAGCUGGUGCCAAUGAUUAUCAAUUUCAUAUGUAAGGUAACUUCUUAUUAGUACAAAAUUUGUGCAUUCUUUACUGGAAUAUUUAUGAAAACAAAAAAACAUUGAUUUACUAUGAUUUUAUUUGUGUAAUCAGAUUAUUACUCCAUGCAUAAUUUCCGGUCUUUUUUCCCUUUUUUUGGUGUUUAGUUAUGUGCAUCAUCCAAUUUUAAAUGUGUCUCCUCAUUGUAUGUGUCUUAUUCCGCCUCAUGCUUGCACAGACUGCCUCUUCCUGUUUCCCCAAUUGGUGUCUUAUUUUGCUUAUCAGUUUAGUCUGUCCCCAAGCUCGGCAUCUCCUGGAUUCUCUUAUGUAUAAUCAUUAGGGGUGCGGUUUGAGGCUUUCCAGUGCUAGGAGGGGCCAGGAGGGUCGUUGGUUGUAGGUGAACAUGCUUGUAAAAGAGAGGUUACCAUCUUGAAACGUGUAGCCAUGACCCCUUCCAUACAUCUGACAUCAUCCUAGCACUUCCCACGUUUUCAAACUGGCUCUGAUGUUGCUGUAGCUUUUUAUGCUGCUGUUGACUUUACUCCACACUCUUGGAUUCCUGAGAUGACUUUUCUUGGUUUAUGAUAUGCCUUUCAUCCUACUAAAUGUGAGUGCAUUAUUUACUGUUUUAAUUAAUAAAGACUAACUUGCUGCCCUUAGAA